AUGAACGCUGCAGCCAGCAGCUACCCCAUGACCUCCUUAUACGUGGGCGAUCUGCACCCGGACGUCACCGAAGUCAUGCUGUAUGAAAAGUUCAGCACUGUGGGGCCUGUGCAGUUCAUCCGAGUCUGCCGCGACAUGAUCACCUACAGCUCUCUGGGUUAUGCCUAUGUCAACUUCCAGAACUCAGCUGACGCUGAGAGGGCCUUGGACACCAUGAACUUUGAAGAGAUUAAGGGAAAACCAAUGCGCAUCAUGUGGUCUGAGAGGGAUUCCUCUUUGAGAAAGUCUGGCGUGGGAAAUGUCUUUAUCAAGAACCUGGAUAAGUCUAUAGACAACCAGGCGCUGUACGACACUUUCUCUGCCUUUGGGAACAUCCUGUCCUGUAAGGUGGUUUGUGAUGAGAACAGCUCUAAGGGCCAUGCCUUUGUCCACUUCGAUACCCAAGAGGCGGCGGACCAGGCCAUUGAGAGGCUGAACGGCAAGAUUCUCAAUGACCGCAAAGUGUUCGUGGGCAAAUUCAAGUCUCGCCAAGAGCGGGAAGCCGAGCUUGGCACAAAGGCCAAGGAAUUCACCAACGUUUACAUCAAAAACUUAGGAGAAGAGGUGGAUGAUGGGGCGCUGAAAGAGCUCUUCGGCCAGUUUGGUAAGACCCUAAGUGUCAAGGUGAUGAGAGACUCGAGUGGCAAGUCCAAAGGCUUUGGCUUUGUAAGUUAUGAGAAACACGAGAACGCCAACAAGGCUGUGGAAGAAAUGAAUGGAAAAGAAAUAGGUGGGAAAGCCAUAUUCGUAGGCCGCGCGCAGAAAAAAAUACAACGUCAGGCUGAACUAAAACGGAAAUUCGAGCAGCUGAAGCGGGAGAGGAUUAGACAGUACCAAGGAGUGAAUCUCUACAUUAAGAACUUGGAUGACACCAUUGAUGAUGACAGACUAAGGAAAGAGUUUUCUCGGUUUGGAUCCAUCACCAGUGCGAAGGUGAUGCUAGAAAGAGGAAGAAGCAAAGGGUUUGGCUUUGUCUGUUUCUCCUCUCCUGAAGAGGCAAGCAAAGCUGUCACCCAGAUGAACGGACGCAUUGUGGGCUCCAAGCCGCUGUAUGUCGCCCUGGCCCAGGGGAAGGAAGAGCGGAAGGCUCACCUGACUAGCCAGUAUAUGCAGCGCUUGACUGGGAUGAGAACACUCCCUGCCAACGCCAUCUUAAAUCCAUUUUGUCCUGCAGCUGGUGGCUAUUAUGUGCCCGAAGUUCCACAGGCGCAGGGAAGACCUCCAUAUUACAUGCCUAACCAGUUAGCACGGAUGAGGCCUAAUAAACGGGGGAAGCGAGGCAGGAGGCCUCAAGGCUUCCAAGGAAUGCCAAGGGCUCCGCCGCAGUCUGGGCCUCGUCCAGCUCUUCGACAUCUGGCUCCAACUGGUAAAGCUCCGGCCUCUGGUGGCCUUCCUCCUACCGCUCACAGAGUCGGGUCUAAGAGCUUGAACAGCUUGGCUAUGGGCUUUGGUGGGGCUGGCGCCGCCCAGCAAGGGCUGGCUGACAGCUACCAGUCUGGAGGCGUCCCUACAGCCGUGCCAACCCUUGCACCUCCCGCUACAGUUGCUGCCACUGCUCCCAGGGCUGUGGCUCCACACAAGGAUGCCUCCAGUGUCCGCAGCCCUCACCCUGUCAUUCAGCCGCUGCAGGCCCCCCAGCCUGCAGUCCAUGUCCAGCGUCAGGAGCCCCUGACUGCCUCCAUGCUGGCCGCAGUGCCCCCCGAGGAACAGAAGCAGAUGCUGGGGGACCGUUUGUUUCCCCUGAUCCAAACAAUGCGUUCAAAGCUGGCAGGAAAAAUUACCGGGAUGCUGCUGGAACUCGACAACUCGGAGCUGCUGCGCAUGCUCGAGUGCCCCGAGACCCUCCGUGCCAAGGUGGAUGAAGCUGUGGAGGUCCUGAAGACUCAUCGUGCCAAGACAGAAGCUGCCCAGAAGGUGGAGGCUGUUGCUGCUGCUACCUCUUAG